CCUUAAUAGGGUCAUCAUCAUCUUCUGUCCAUACGGCAUACCCCAUAGAUUACAGACCUCAAGAAAAUUAAAGAAAAAUCCUUCCCCUUUCUCUCUCCUGUUAAAAACCCAAAAACGCCGUUACUUUAAACUAUUCCCCGUUACGCACGUGACUUCAACAACUCUAUUAAGUCCAAAGCACACGUGCCAUUACACAUGUCCCUUGAGCAAUUGAGCCUGGCUCCGGGGCCCGCCGACGGCGAGACUGACGGCCGUCAACAAUCCGCCGAUGAUUCCAACAAAGUUGCUCGGCUGCCACGGUGGACCAGACAAGAAAUCCUAGUGCUUAUACAAGGCAAAAGGGUAGCUGAGAACCGUGUUAGGCGGGGCCGCGCAUCCGGGUUGGCAUUCGGGUCGGCUCAGGUCGAACCCAAAUGGGCAUCUGUUUCAUCCUACUGCAAAAGGCAUGGGGUAAACCGGGGUCCUGUCCAGUGCCGGAAAAGGUGGAGCAAUUUAGCGGGGGACUUUAAGAAGAUAAAGGAGUGGGAAUUGAAAAUAAGGGAGGAAACUGAGUCGUUUUGGGUGAUGAGGAAUGACUUGAGAAGGGAGAGAAAGUUGCCGGGGUUUUUCGAUAGGGAGGUUUACGACAUACUUGAUGGAGGCGAGGAGGAGGGAGCUAGUGGGCUGGCUUUGGCGCCAUCGGUUGCCCCAACGGGUGAUGAGGGUGGUAAACAAGUGGAGGCAGAGGCUUUGUUCGAUAGUGGGCGGAGCGCGGCUGCAGAUGAUGGGUUAUUCUCGGAUUUUGAGCAGUCAGGUCAGGAGGAGGUUGGUGAGAUUCCCGGACGGGGUAAGGAGACUCCGGUGAAAGGUAUACCCGCUCCGACUCCCAUUUCAGUUGCAGAGAAACAGCAUCAGUCAUUUCCUCAAGAAUCUCCUGCUCAAGGCACCAGUCAUGAGAAACCAACUACCUCAGAACCUGACAUUCGGAACCCUGAGGACAGAAAGAAGAGGAAGCGAAAUGAAACUGGUGAAGAAAGAGAGAGAGAACCAACGAAUAUGCAGCAUAGGUUGAUUGAAGCCUUGGAAAGAAAUGGGAAUUUGUUGAGCUCUCAACUUGAAGUUCAAAACACCCAUCUUCAGCUGGAUAGGGAGCAACGCAUGGACAACGUCAAUAGCUUAAUUACAGUCCUCAACAAGCUUGCCGAUGCCUUGGGAAGAAUUGCCGAUAAGCUGUAGAAAAAACAUGUCAGUUUAGUUGUACAAUUAUUUUUCCGAAGGAUUUGGUAGUCGUUCAUAAUUGCAUUAAAGAUUGCUCCACACACACAUUUUUCCUCUUUUCUUCCUGGUCUUAUUUUGAUGUAUAAUCUUUUUGACCUUUGUUGCUUUGGUAGGUUUGUACAAAAUUUUAUAUAAACAAACAGAAUUGGAAAUCUACCAAUUGUUUCUUUA